CUCCUUCCGGUUUCUGCAUAGCGGACAUGAAUUCUUAUUGAGAUUGGAAGCAGACACUCGUCUGCCUCACGUUAAACGCAACACUGUCUCUACCGGCUGCAACCAUGGCCUUCGUGCCCGCACCCAGCCCCACGGUGGUGGACCAGACCACCCUGAUGAAGAAGUACCUGCAGUUUGUUGCAGCGCUGACAGACAACAACACACCUGAUGAAACCAAGCUGAAGAUGAUGCAGGAAGUCAGUGAGAACUUUGAGAAUGUCACAUCUUCACCUCAGUACUCCACCUUUCUGGAGCACAUCAUCCCACGCUUCCUGACCUUUCUCCAGGAUGGGGAGGUGCAGUUCCUUCAGGAGAAACCCACACAGCAAUUAAGGAAGCUGGUCCUUGAAAUCAUCCACCGCAUUCCCACCAAUGAGCAUUUGCGCCCUCACACCAAGAACAUCCUCUCUGUGAUGUUCCGAUUUCUGGAGAUUGAGAGUGAGGAGAACGUGCUCAUCUGUCUUCGGAUAAUCAUCGAACUCCACAAGCAGUUUCGUCCCCCUAUCUCCCAGGAGAUUCAUCACUUCUUGGACUUUGUGAAGCAGAUUUACAAAGAGUUGCCAAAAGUAGUGGCGCGGUACUUUGAGAACCCCCAGGUCAUAGCGGAGAACACGGUGCCCUCUCCAGAGAUGGUGGGCAUGAUCACGUCCGUGCUCGUGAAGACGGCACCGGAGAGGGAGGACAGCGAGACGCGCACGCACACCAUUAUACCACGAGGCUCACUGUCCCUGAAGGUGCUGGCAGAACUUCCCAUCAUUGUCGUACUUAUGUACCAGCUGUACAAGCUCAACAUUCACAACGUGGUGUCGGAGUUCGUGCCACUUAUCAUGAACACCAUCAUGCUGCAGGUGUCACCUCAGGCCAGGCAACACAAGCUGUACAACAAAGAGCUGUACGCCGAUUUCAUUGCCGCCCAGAUCAAGACUCUGUCCUUCCUGGCCUACAUUAUCCGCAUCUAUCAGGACCUGGUGGGGAAGUACUCUCAGCAGAUGGUGAAGGGGAUGCUGCAGCUGCUUACCAACUGCCCCCCGGAGACGGCUCACCUGCGCAAGGAGCUGCUCAUCGCCGCCAAGCACAUCCUCACCACUGACCUGCGCAGCCAGUUCAUCCCAUGCAUGGACAAGCUGUUUGACGAGUCCAUACUCAUUGGUUCAGGGUACACUGCCCGAGAGACCCUUAGACCCCUGGCCUACAGCACGCUGGCGGACCUGGUGCACCACGUGCGACAGAACCUGCCGCUCACCGACCUCUCGCUGGCCGUGCAGCUUUUCGCCAAGAACAUCGACGACGAGUCGCUGCCCAGCAGCAUCCAGACCAUGUCCUGCAAGCUGCUGCUCAACCUGGUGGACUGCAUCCGCUCCAAGAGCGAGCAGGAGAACGGCAACGGCCGCGACAUCCUCAUGAGGAUGCUGGAGGUGUUUGUGCUGAAGUUCCACACCAUCGCUCGCUACCAGCUGCCCGCCAUCUUCAAGAAGUGCAAGCCCCAGUCCGAGAUGGGCGUGGUGGACCCGGGUGCUCUCCCGAGCGUCCCUGCCACCCCCACGGCCGCCACCACGCCGGCCCUCCCUCCCCCAGCGCCCCCCACGCCAGUCACGCCCGCACCCCCUGCCCCCGCCACCCCCUUCGACCGACCCGGCGAGAAGGAGGACAAGCAGACCUUCCAGGUGUCGGACUGCAGGAGCCUGGUGAAGACGCUGGUGUGCGGCGUGAAGACCAUCACCUGGGGCAUCACCUCGUGCAAGGCACCUGGAGAUGCGCAGUUCAUUCCCAACAAGCAGCUGCAGCCCAAAGAGACUCAGAUCUACAUCAAGCUGGUCAAGUACGCAAUGCAGGCCCUGGACAUUUACCAGGUACAGAUUGCAGGCAACGGUCAGACAUACAUCCGCGUGGCCAACUGCCAGACAGUCCGCAUGAAGGAGGAGAAGGAGGUGCUGGAGCACUUUGCUGGCGUCUUCACCAUGAUGAACCCCCUCACCUUCAAGGAGAUCUUCCAGACCACCGUGCCCUACAUGGUGGAGCGCAUCUCCAAGAACUACGCCCUGCAGAUCGUUGCCAACUCGUUCCUGGCCAACCUGUCCACGUCGGCCCUGUUUGCCACCAUCCUGGUGGAGUACCUGCUGGAGCGGCUCCCCGAGAUGGGCUCCAACGUGGAGCUGUCCAACCUCUACCUCAAGCUCUUCAAGCUGGUGUUCGGCUCCGUGUCCCUCUUCGCCGCCGAGAACGAGCAGAUGCUGAAGCCUCACCUGCAUAAGAUCGUGAACAGCUCCAUGGAGCUGGCCCAGUCGGCCAAAGAGCCCUACAACUACUUCCUGCUUCUGCGGGCGCUCUUCCGCUCCAUCGGGGGCGGCAGCCAUGACCUGCUCUACCAGGAGUUCCUGCCCCUGCUGCCCAACCUGCUCCAGGGCCUGAACAUGCUGCAGAGCGGCCUGCACAAGCAGCACAUGAAGGACCUGUUUGUGGAGCUGUGUCUGACCGUGCCGGUGCGCCUCAGCUCGCUGCUGCCCUACCUGCCCAUGCUCAUGGACCCGCUGGUGUCGGCGCUCAACGGCUCGCAGACGCUGGUCAGCCAGGGCCUGCGCACGCUGGAGCUCUGCGUCGACAACCUGCAGCCCGACUUCCUGUACGACCACAUCCAGCCUGUCCGCGCCGAGCUGAUGCAGGCACUGUGGCGCACACUUCGCAACCCGGCGGAGAACAUCUCGCACGUAGCCUACCGCGUGCUAGGCAAGUUUGGCGGCAGCAACCGCAAGAUGCUGAAGGAGUCGCAGCGGCUGCAGUACGUGGUGACUGAGGUCCAGGGCCCCAGCAUCAAGGUGGAGUUCAACGACUGCAAGGCCUCCAUUCAGCUGCCCAUGGAGAAGGCGAUCGAGACGGCCCUGGACUGCCUGAAGAGUGCCAACACGGAGCCCUACUACCGCCGGCAGGCCUGGGAGGUCAUCAAGUGCUUCCUGGUGGCCAUGACGAGCCUGGAGGACAACAAGCACGCGCUCUACCAGCUCCUGGCGCACCCCAACUUCACGGAAAAGUGGAUCCCGCCGGUGAUCAUCUCACACCGCUACAAGGCGCAGGACACCCCGCGCCGAACCUUUGAGCAGGCGCUCACCGGAGCUUUCAUGUCGGCCGUCAUCAAGGACCUGAGGCCCAGCGCCCUGCCAUUUGUGGCCAGCCUCAUCCGCCACUACACCAUGGUGGCAGUGGCACAGCAGUGCGGCCCUUUCCUGUUGCCAUGCUACCAGCUGGGGAGCCAGCCCAGCACAGCCAUGUUCCACAGCGAAGAGAACGGCUCCAAGGGCAUGGACCCGCUGGUGCUCAUCGACGCCAUCGCCAUCUGCAUGGCCUACGAGGAGAAGGAGCUGUGCAAGAUCGGCGAGGUGGCGCUGGCGGUCAUCUUCGACGUGGCCAGCAUCAUCCUUGGCUCCAAGGAGAGGGCUUGCCAGCUGCCCCUGUUCUCCUACAUCGUGGAGCGCCUGUGCGCCUGCUGCUACGAGCAGGCCUGGUACGCCAAGCUGGGCGGCGUGGUCUCCAUCAAGUUCCUCAUGGAGCGCCUGCCCCUCAUCUGGGUCCUCCAGAACCAGCUGACCUUCCUGAAGGCCCUGCUCUUCGUCAUGAUGGACCUCACUGGAGAGGUGUCCAACGGUGCGGUUGCCAUGGCGAAGACGACGCUGGAGCAGCUGCUGGUGCGCUGUGCGACGCCGCUCAAGGAUGAGGAGAAGUCCGAGGAGCUGCUGACCGCCCAGGACAAGAGCUUCCACAUGGUGACCCACGACCUGGUGCGUGAGGUCACCUCGCCCAACUCCACCGUGCGCAAGCAGGCCAUGCACUCGCUGCAGGUGCUGGCACAGGUCACCGGCAAGAGCGUCACAGUCAUAAUGGAACCCCACAAGGAGGUCUUACAGGACAUGGUGCCCCCAAAGAAGCACCUGCUUCGGCACCAGCCGGCCAACGCCCAGAUCGGCCUGAUGGAGGGCAACACCUUUUGCACCACCCUGCAGCCCCGUCUCUUCACCAUGGACCUCAAUGUGAUGGAGCACAAGGUCUUCUACACAGAGCUGCUGAAUCUGUGCGAGUCCGAGGAUGCUACCCUGAUGAAGCUACCCUGCUACAAGAGCCUGCCCUCUCUGGUGCCACUGCGCAUUGCGGCACUCAAUGCUCUGGCAGCGUGUAACUACCUCCCCCAGUCGCGGGAGAAGAUCAUCGCUGCCCUCUUCAAGGCCCUCAACUCCACCAACAGUGAGCUGCAGGAGGCCGGGGAGGCUUGCAUGAGAAAGUUCCUGGAGGGUGCCACCAUCGAGGUGGACCAGAUCCACACUCACAUGCGCCCCCUGCUGAUGAUGCUGGGCGACUACCGCAGCCUCACCCUCAACGUGGUCAAUCGGCUCACGUCCGUCACGCGCCUCUUCCCCAACUCUUUCAACGACAAGUUCUGCGAUCAGAUGAUGCAACACCUGAGGAAGUGGAUGGAGGUGGUGGUCAUCACCCACAAGGGAGGCCAGAGGAGCGAUGGCAGUCCUGCACUGGAGGGCGCUGAGGAGAUGAAGAUCUGUUCGGCCAUCAUCAACCUCUUCCACCUGAUCCCCGCCGCACCGCAGACCCUGGUCAAGCCCCUGCUGGAGGUGGUGAUGAAGACGGAGAGGGCCAUGCUCAUAGAGGCGGGCAGUCCCUUCAGAGAGCCCCUCAUCAAGUUCCUGACGCGCCACCCGUCUCAGACCGUGGAGCUGUUCAUGAUGGAGGCCACCCUCAACGACCCGCAGUGGAGCCGCAUGUUCAUGAGCUUCCUGAAGCACAAAGACGCCAAGCCCCUGCGGGAUGUGCUGGCCUCCAACCCCAGCCGCUUCGUCCCCCUGCUGGUGCCCCCAGGCACUGCACCCACCGUCCGGCCCGGCUCACCAUCCACCAGCACCGCCCGCCUCGACCUGCAGUUCCAGGCCAUCAAGAUCAUCAGCAUCAUCGUGAAGAACGACGAGGGAUGGCUGGCGGGUCAGCACUCUCUGGUCAGCCAGCUGCGCCGUGUCUGGGUCAGCGAGGCCUUCCAGGAGCGUCACCGCAAAGACAACAUGGCCUCCACCAACUGGAAGGAGCCCAAGCUGCUGGCCUUCUGCCUGCUCAGUUACUGCAAGCGGAACUACUCGGAGAUCGAGCUGCUCUUCCAGCUGCUGCGGGCCUUCACGGGCCGCUUCCUGUGCAACAUGACCUUCCUCAAGGAGUACAUGGAGGAUGAGAUCCCCAAGAACUACAGCAUCGUCCACAAGCGCGCGCUCUUCUUCCGCUUCGUGGAGUUCAACGACCCGCACUUCGGCGACGAGCUCAAGGCCAAGGUCCUGCAGCACAUCCUGAACCCGGCGUUCCUCUGCAGCUUUGAGAAGGGUGAGGGGGAGCAGCUGCUGGGCCCGCCCAACCCAGAGGGAGACAACCCCGAGAGCAUCACCAGUGUCUUCAUCACCAAGGUGCUGGACCCGGAGAAGCAGGCGGACCUGCUGGACUCGCUGCGCAUCCAGCUGCUGCAGUUCUCCACUCUGCUGGUGGAGCACGCGCCGCACCACAUCCACGACAACAACAAGAGCCGCAACAGCAAGCUGCGGCGCCUGAUGACCUUCGCCUGGCCCUGCCUGCUGCCCAAGGCCUGCGUGGACCCCGCAUGCAAGUACAGCGGUCACCUGCUGCUCGCCCACAUCAUCGCCAAAUUCGCCAUCCACAAGAAGAUCGUGCUGCAGGUGUUCCACAGCCUGCUGAAGGCCCACACUAUGGAGGCGCGCUCCAUUGUGCGCCAGGCCAUGGCCAUCCUCACCCCAGCCGUGCCGGCGCGCAUGGAGGACGGACACCAGAUGCUGACGCACUGGACCCGCAAGAUCAUCGUGGAGGAGGGCCACACCGUCCCCCAGCUGGUGCACAUCCUCCACCUCAUCGUGCAGCACUUCCGGGUGUACUACCCAGUGAGGCACCACCUGGUGCAGCACAUGAUCAGCGCCAUGCAGCGCCUGGGCUUCACCCCCAGCGUGACCAUCGAGCAGCGCAAGCUGGCCGUGGACCUGGCCGAGGUGGUCAUCAAGUGGGAGUUGCAGCGCAUCAAGGACCAGCAGCCGGAAGCGGAGGCUGAUGCGGGUGCCAGUGUUGACACCGCCACCCCAGGAGGAAGUGGUGUGAAGCGGGCUGCGUCCAUGGACUCUGGUCAGGACCUCAAAGCUUCGCACAGCCCCACUAAUUUGCGUAAAGCAGCAGUCUUUGGUCGUAGCCAAUCAGUGCCAGGUGCGGAGACCCUGCUGACCAAGCCCGUGGACAAGCAGCACACAGACACUAAUAAAUCAACUUCCUCAUCGCGCCAGCCUGCCAGAGCCGAGCUCAAGCUGCAGUGGUUCGACAAGCUGCUCAUGACCGUGGAGCAACCGGCGCAGGCGAACUUCUCCAACAUCUGCACAGGGCUGGAGAUCCUGUGCUUCCUGCUGACCGUGCUGCAGCCGGCCGGCGUGCUGGCCCUCCAGAAAAGCCUGCAGCGGCAUAGCGCCUGCAUGACCUCUGGCAACACCAAGGUGCUCUUGGCGCGUCCACUAAGCUGCUCUCCCAUACAGUAGGCAUCUUCCCCCACCGAGCCCAGCACCUCCAACGUGGCGUCCAAGCAUGAGGAACUGGAGUGUCUGUACGCCGCCGUGGGCAAGGUCAUCUACGAGGGCCUCACUAACUACGAGAAGGCCACCAGCGCCAACCCCACGCAGCUGUUCGGGACGCUGAUGAUCCUCAAGUCGGCCUGCAGCUACAACUCCAGCUACAUCGACCGCCUCAUCUCAGUCUUCAUGCGCUCGCUGCAGAAGAUGGUCUUGAACAACGCCUCAGCCCUGAAUUCCGCAUACAAGGACCCGCGAGAGACCAGCACAGUGACGAGUGAGCUGGUGAUGCUAAGUCUGGACCUGGUGAAGACGCGCCUCUCAGUCAUGAGCAUGGAGAUGAGGAAAAACUUCAUCCAGGUCAUAAUCACCUCACUCAUCGAGAAGUCUCCCGACCCCAAGAUCCUGCGCUCGGUGGUGAAGAUUGUGGAGGAGUGGGUGAAGAACAACUCUCCCAUGGCUGCCAACCAGAUGCCUAAUCUGAGGGAGAAGUCCAUCCUGCUGGUGAAGAUGAUGACCUACAUCGAGAAGCGCUUCCCCGACGACCUUGAAUUGAACGGCCAGUUCCUGGACCUCGCGCAUCACGGCCUACAGGACGAGAGUCUGUCAGGAAGUGACAUCACGUCCAAGCUGGAGCCUGCCUUCCUGUCCGGCUUGCGCUGCUCACAGCCCCACAUCCGGGCCAAGUUCUUCGAGGUGUUUGACUCGUCCAUGAAGCGGCGUGUCUACGAACGACUCCUGUACAUCUGCUGCUCCCAGAACUGGGAGGCCAUGGGCAGCCACUUCUGGAUCAAGCAGUGCAAUGAGCUGCUGCUGGCGGUGUGUGAGAAGACCACGGUGAUCGGCACCAGCUGCCAGGGCUCUAUGCUGCCCUCCAUCACCAACGUCAUCAACCUGGCCGACAGCCACGACCGCGCCGCCUUCGCCAUGGCCACGCACAUCAAGCAGGAGCCGCGCGAGCGAGACACCACCGAGACUAAGGAGGAGGACGUGGAGAUCGACAUCGAGCUGCCGUCGGGCGACCAGGCCAGCCUGCCCAAGACCAAGGAGCAGGCGGAGCGCGACGCCGGCAACCAGCUGCACAUGCUCACCAACCGCCACGACAAGUUCCUGGACUCCCUGCGCGAGGUCAAGACUGGGGCGCUGCUCAACGCGCUGGUGCAGCUGUGUCACAUCUCCACGCCGCUGGCCGAGAGGAGCUGGGUGCAGCUGUUCCCCCGCCUCUGGAAGAUCCUGUCUGACCGGCAGCAACACGCGCUGAGCGGCGAGAUAGGCCCCUUCCUGUGCAGUGGCAGCCACCAGGCGCAGCGGGACUGCCAGCCGAGCGCACUUAACUGCUUCGUGGAGGCCAUGUCGCAGUGCGUGCCGCCCAUCCCCAUCCGGCCCUGCGUGCUCAAGUACCUGGGCAAGACGCACAACCUGUGGCUGCGCUCCACGCUCAUGCUGGAGACUCAGGCCUUCGACAAAGGCCUCAGCCUGCACAUCAAGCCCAAGCAAAGCACAGAGUUCUACGAGCAGGAGAGCAUCACGCCGCCGCAGCAGGAGAUCCUGGACUCCCUGGCGGAGCUCUACUCACUGCUGCAGGAGGAGGACAUGUGGGCGGGGCUGUGGCAGAAGCGCUGCAAGUUCCCCGAGACGAGCACGGCCAUCGCCUACGAGCAGCACGGCUUCUACGAGCAGGCCCAGGAGAGUUAUGAGAAGGCCAUGGAGAAAGCGCGGAAGGAACACGAGAGGAGCAACAUCUCCCCGGCCAUCUUCCCUGAGUACCAGCUGUGGGAGGACCACUGGAUCCGGUGCUCCAAGGAGCUGAACCAGUGGGAGCCGCUGACUGAGUACGGCCAGUCCAAGGGCCACACUAACCCCUAUCUGGUGCUGGAGUGCGCCUGGAGGGUCUCCAACUGGACCGCCAUGAAAGAGGCCCUGGCCCAGGUGGAGCUGAGCUGCCCUAAGGAGAUGGCGUGGAAGGUGAACAUGCACCGCGGCUACCUGGCCAUCUGCCACCCGGAGGAGCAGCAGCUGAGCUUCAUCGAGCGCCUGGUGGAGAUGGCCUCCAGCCUGGCCAUCCGCGAGUGGAGGAGGCUGCCGCACAUCGUCUCGCACGUCCACACACCCCUGCUGCAGGCAGCGCAGCAGAUCAUCGAGCUGCAGGAGGCGGCCCAGAUCAACCUGGGCCUGCAGCCGGCCAACCUGGGCCGCAACACCAGCCUGCACGACAUGAAGACCGUGGUCAAGACCUGGAGGAACCGGCUGCCCAUUGUUUCCGAUGACCUUUCCCACUGGAGCAGCAUCUUCAUGUGGCGCCAGCACCACUACCAAGCCAUCGUGUCUGCCUACGAGACCAACACGCAGCACGACCCCAACACCAACAACGCCAUGCUGGGCGUGCACGCCUCUGCCUCCGCCAUCAUCCAGUACGGCAAGAUCGCGCGCAAGCAGGGCCUGGUCAACGUGGCGCUGGACAUCCUGACCCGCAUCCACACCAUCCCCACGGUGCCCAUCGUCGACUGCUUCCAGAAGAUCCGCCAGCAGGUCAAGUGCUACCUGCAGCUGGCCGGUGUCAUGGGCAAGAAUGAGUGCAUGCAGGGCCUCGAGGUGAUUGAGUCCACCAACCUGAAGUACUUCACCAAGGAGAUGACUGCCGAGUUCUACGCGCUCAAGGGCAUGUUCCUCGCUCAGAUCAAUAAGUCGGAGGAGGCGAACAAGGCGUUCUCGGCCGCGGUGCAGAUGCACGAUGUGCUGGUCAAGGCCUGGGCCAUGUGGGGCGACUACCUGGAGAACAUCUUCGUCAAAGAGCGCCAGCCGCAGCUGGGUGUCUCGGCCAUCACCUGCUACCUGCACGCCUGCCGCCACCAGAAUGAGAGCAAGUCCCGCAAGUACCUGGCCAAGGUGCUGUGGCUGCUGAGUUUCGAUGAUAAGAACGCGCUGGCUGACGCGGUGGAUAAGUACUGCAUUGGCGUCCCUCCCAUCCAGUGGCUGGCCUGGAUCCCCCAGCUGCUCACCUGCCUGGUGGGCUCCGAGGGCAAGCCACUCCUCAACCUCAUCAGCCAGGUGGGCCGUGUGUAUCCUCAAGCUGUGUACUUCCCCAUCCGCACCCUCUACCUGACACUGAAGAUCGAGCAGAGAGAGCGCUACAAGAGUGAUUCUGGUCAGCAGCAGCCGAGCUCGGUGGGAGCCCAGAGUCACUCGGCGUCGGACCCGGGGCCCAUCCGCGCCACGGCACCCAUGUGGCGCUGCAGCCGCAUCAUGCACAUGCAGCGAGAGCUGCACCCGACCCUGCUCUCCUCGCUGGAAGGCAUCGUCGACCAGAUGGUCUGGUUUAGGGAGAACUGGCACGAGGAGGUCUUACGGCAGCUGCAGCAGGGCCUGGCCAAAUGCCACUCAGUGGCGUUCGAGAAGAGCGGCGCAGUGUCAGACGCCAAGAUCACGCCGCACACGCUCAACUUCGUCAAGAAGCUGGUGAGCACGUUCGGCGUGGGCCUGGAGAACGUCUCGAACGUGUCCACCAUGUUCUCCAGCGCCGCGUCCGAGUCGCUGGCGCGCCGCGCCCAGGCUACCGCCCAGGAUCCCGUCUUCCAGAAGAUGAAGGGCCAGUUCACCACCGACUUUGACUUCAGUGUGCCGGGCUCCAUGAAGCUGCACAACCUCAUCUCUAAGCUGAAGAAGUGGAUCAAGAUCCUGGAGGCCAAGACCAAGCAGCUGCCCAAGUUCUUCCUGAUCGAGGAGAAGUGUCGCUUCCUCAGCAACUUCUCGGCCCAGACGGCCGAGGUGGAGAUCCCCGGCGAGUUCCUCAUGCCCAAGCCCACGCACUACUACAUCAAGAUCGCCAGGUUCAUGCCCAGGGUGGAGAUCGUCCAAAAGCACAACACGGCAGCGCGGCGCCUCUACAUCCGCGGUCACAACGGCAAGAUCUACCCAUUGCUGGUGAUGAGCGGCUGGCGUGCCUGGACGGAGUGUGGCCCCGAAGGCAGCGUUCUGCAGCUGCUACGUCUGCUCAACCCCUGUCUGGAGAAGAGGAAGGAGACCACCAAACGGCAUCUCUUCUUCACAGUGCCGCGGGUGGUGGCGGUGUCGCCCCAGAUGCGCCUGGUGGAGGACAACCCCUCGUCUCUGUCCCUGGUGGAGAUCUACAAGCAGCGCUGCGCCAAGAAGGGCAUCGAGCACGACAACCCCAUCUCCCGCUACUACGACCGUCUGGCCACUGUACAGGCCCGCGGCACACAGGCCAGCCACCAGGUGCUGAGGGACAUCCUGAAGGAGGUCCAGGGGAACAUGGUGCCUCGGAGCAUGCUGAAGGAGUGGGCUCUGCACACGUUCCCCAACGCCACCGACUACUGGACCUUCCGCAAGAUGUUCACUAUCCAGCUGGCGCUCAUCGGCCUGGCCGAGUUCAUGCUGCACCUCAACCGCCUCAACCCGGAGAUGCUGCAGAUCGCCCAGGACACGGGCAAGCUCAACGUUUCUUACUUCCGCUUUGACAUCAACGACGCCACGGGUGACCUGGACGCCAACCGGCCCGUGCCCUUCCGCCUGACGCCCAACAUCUCGGAGUUCCUCACCAGCAUCGGCGUCUCGGGGCCCCUCACCGCCUCAAUGAUCGCUGUGGCGCGCUGCUUCGCCCAGCCCAACUUCAAGGUGGAUGGCAUCCUGAAGGCGGUCUUGCGGGACGAGAUCAUCGCGUGGCACAAGAAGACUCAGGAGGACACGUCGCUGCCACUGUCCCCCGCUGGCCAGCCCGAGAACAUGGACAGCCAGCAGCUGGUGUCGCUGGUGCAGAAGGCUGUGACCGCCAUCAUGACGCGCCUGCACAACCUGGCCCAGUUUGAGGGCGGCGAGAGCAAGGUCAACACGCUGGUGGCGGCCGCCAACAGCCUGGACAAUCUCUGCCGCAUGGAUCCUGCCUGGCAUCCAUGGCUCUGAGCGGGGACUGGGAAGACUGUGGAGGGGUCACUUCCUCUAAAUCUGGCCGUCAGAGGUCAAUGCUGGAAUUGUGAUCUGAGGACUAUCCUUAAGAAGACUGUCUAAGCUGGAAAUGUGAACUGAAGACUGUUUAAGCGAGACUGAAUAUAUUGGAUUUUUUCACUCAAAUAUGGAUUAAGAUGCAGUGCUUAACUGAUGGUGACUGACGGGAGCUGUGCUCACAGACAUGAUCAUCUUGUGUUCAGUCAGCUUGUGUUUGCCUUGGGUUAGCAAGGCUGGCUCAGUAGCAGUUGAGCCUCUCGUCAUCAUCUUGCCAUUUAGUCACAGCUACAAGCGAAGGAAAGCACAAAAAGAAAUGGAACAACAUUUAGCAAAAACUGGAUUUACGACAAUAGAGUUGAUGUUGCUUUGUUUGCAGAUGGCCUGCAUUUUUUAAAAAGAAAAAGUGGCAUAAGACCAACAGAACAUACAUCAACUUGAGCUCAAAGCUGUAUUGCUUUUUCUCUCAGUGAAGAUCUCCGAGGGACUUUUCCCUUCUUGAUGUGAAUGAAAGGAAUAAGUGACUCUAAAGUCCUGUGGGCCCCUGCUCCCACUUAUAGACAUCAAGACAGUGAGCCAGGGCAGGUUACACAGGCUCCAUGCAGACAGAAGUGAGCCAUUGGUGUUUGAUGAUAAGGUUUUGAUGGGGUUAUUCUAUGGUAAUUUCUGAAAAUAACAGACUCUGAACGUGAUCACCAUGUAAAAUUUUUGAAUUUUUUUGUUAAUAUAUACUGUAUGUUCUGAUAUAGUAUUUUUGCAUCAUGUGGGAAGAUGGACUUUUUUUAUUUUACUUAUCAUUAUUCAGAUUUCGCUAUGUUUGCUUUAUGUUUUUAGUACUGAAUUGGUAUAUUUCUACCCAUAAAACCACUGCACACACUCUUUUGUCUCAAGAGGAGACUCUAAAGCCGUGCAGUCAGAUCCCAGUGGUUGAACUACCUUAAAAGCUGUAUUUGUCCUUCAGGAUAAUGUUGGUUUGACACUGAUAGCCAUGCACUCUAACCUGUACCCACAGACCUGUCUGUUUGUUUAUUUUUUUUUUGUAGGUUUUUUUUUUUUUUUGUAAAGGCUUUCCUCUGUUUUGUAAAGGUACAGCACCCUCUGGCAACCUAAGUAUUGUACCCUUGGCAUUGUAAAUAUGCGUUUUUAAUAAAAUGCUUUUGUAGAAAAGAAAUGGAAACAAAA